AUGUCCCAACCUUGUGCUAUUGAUAAUUGUAAACGUGCAUCACGCGCUUUAUGUCAUUGUUGUCAUCAAAAUCUUUGUCGAGAUCAUUUAAAUGAACAUGAUGAUAUAUUAAAUAGUAAGUUGACUCCAUUUGCAGAUGAAAUCAAUCAACUGAAUGAUCGACUUAAUCAUAUUGAUAUAAACAAUAUUCUUGAAUAUACUUAUCAACAAUUAGAUCAAUGGCGUCGUGAGUCUUAUAGAAUGAUAGAUGAAUAUAUUGAAGAAAAACAACGUAAACUAAGUCAAAAUAUUAAUUUGAAAAUGCAAAAUAUAUCUAAUGGAAUAAAUCAUUUAAAAACAAUAGUUACUCAACUUAUUGACAAACAAGAUACUACUAUUGACGAUCUUAAUUCUAUAUCAAACAAUAUGCAAACAAUUCGACAAGAAAUCACUGAAAUAGAAUAUGAAUCUAUAAAUCUUAAUAUAAAUCCAUUAGAAAUAGAUCAUAGAAUAAUACAAAUAGAAGAUGAAUGUGUUCGACAUGAUUUUAAUUUAUCUAGUUUAAUGCCUCCAUUACAUAUAAUUAAUCGUUCACCAGAUAGUCCUAAACCUGUUAUCUCUAAUAAUAAAGUUUUAUUAAUGCAUUAUCAAAGUCAAUUAUGUUUAGUAAAUCAACAACUAACAAUCAUAAAAGCUAUUCCAUGGAAUUAUACUUGGAUAUGGGAUAUGUGUUGGUCAUCAACAUUAUCACGUUUUUUCAUAAUAACACUUAAUGACAUAUUUAUAUUAGAUGAAAAUACAAUGGCUCUUGAACAUUUACCAACAAAAGAUAAAUAUUCUUUAUGUGCAUGUACAUGUUCAGAUAAAUCAUUUUAUGUAGCAACAAAUGAAGUAGGCUCAACUAUAUGUGAAUUUAGUUUAUUACCAACUAUUGAAUUAAUUCGUCGAUGGAAAUCUGAAGAUUUAUGUCGGACAGAUGAAACGAUUCAAGAUAUAGUUUUUAAUAGAGGAACAUUAGCUUUUAUUAUUGAAAAUCAAACAAGUCAAAAGAAACGUAUGGAACUUCGAUUUGCACAUACAUUUGAACAAAUAUGGUGUAUACAAUUUGAUAUAAUUGAUCCUUUCCAUAAUGCAUUUCGUUUAUGUUUAUUUAAUUAUAAUGAAUGGUUGGUAAUUGAUUGGAAAUCAUCACAAAUUUUUUAUAUUACAAAAGAUGGACAACUUAAAUCAACAUAUGUAUAUGAUCAAGUUCCAUAUCGUUGUUGUCAAUUUGGAUCAAAUAUAUUAGCUAUGUCAGCUAAAAAUAGUAUUAACUUUCAUAAAUUGUGA